AAUCCCCUUCAUCUGCAGAUGAGCUUAGAAAACUCACUGAGUUCUGAUGCUGAUGUCACUUUCUCGAUCCUUGCAAUGAACAACUGGUAUAAUUUCAGCCUGAUGCUAUGCCAGGAGGAGUGGAACAUCACAGAUUUUCUCUUCCUCACACAACAGAGCUCCAAGUUCCACCUAGGAUCCAUUAUAAACAUCACAGCAAACCUCACUUCAGCUAGUGACCUUCUGAACUACUUACAGUUUUACCUGGAGAGCAUCAAAGACACAACAUCUACCAUGGUGAUGUUCGGAUGUGACAUGGAAAAAACACGAAGGAUUUUUGAAAUAACCACCCAAUUUGGUGUGAUGCCUCCAGAACUUCACUGGAUUAUUGGGGAUUCACAAAACGUGGAAGAGCUGAGGACAGAAGGUUUGCCGCUUGGCCUCAUCGCUCAUGGCAAGACAACAGAGUCAGUCUUUGAGCAUUAUGUGCAGGAUGCCAUGGAGCUGGUAGCAAGAGCUGUAGCAGCAGCCACCAUGAUUCAACCUGAACUAGCUCUUAUUCCAAGUACAAUGAAUUGCAUGGACACAGAUGAAAGGAACAUCACUUCAGGACAGUAUUUGUCUAAGUUUUUAGCCAACACGACUUUUGAUGGACUUAGUGGCCACAUUAAGGUGAAAGGCUCCUCCAUUGUCAGCUCAGAAAACAACUUCUUCAUCUGGAAUCUGCAGCAUGAUCCUGUUGGAAACCCAAUGUGGACUCGUCUAGGGAGCUGGCAAGAAGGAAAGAUAAUCAUGGACUAUGGGAUAUGGCCAGAACAGGCUCAGAGACAUAAAAAUCACAUGCAGCACCCCACCCGGCUGCACCUCAGGGUAGUAACUCUCAUUGAGCAUCCAUUUGUCUUUACAAGAGAUGUAGAUGAUGAAGGUCUUUGCCCAGCAGGGCAGCUUUGCCUGGAUCCUUUGACCAAUGACUCAGCCGUGCUGGAUAACCUGUUUGAAACCCUUCAAGGAGGCAAUGACACCGUUCCCAUUGAGCUGAAGAAGUGCUGCUACGGCUACUGCAUUGACCUGCUGGAGAAGUUAGCUGAGGAUAUGAAUUUUGAUUUUGACUUGUACAUUGUUGGUGAUGGAAAAUACGGAGCCUGGAAGAAUGGCCACUGGACAGGGCUGGUGGGAGACCUUCUUGCUGGCACAGCUCACAUGGCAGUGACGUCAUUUAGCAUUAACACCGCCCGCAGCCAGGUGAUUGAUUUCACCAGCCCAUUCUUUUCAACGAGCUUGGGCAUUUUGGUGAGGACCAAAGACACAGCAGCUCCCAUUGGAGCCUUUAUGUGGCCACUUCAUUGGACUAUGUGGCUGGGGAUAUUUGUUGCUCUACACAUCACAGCUAUAUUCCUCACCUUAUAUGAGUGGAAAAGUCCUUUUGGGAUGACCCCCAAGGGAAGGAAUAGGAACAAAGUCUUCUCUUUCUCCUCUGCCCUGAAUGUCUGCUAUGCGAUCUUGUUUGGAAGAACAGCUGCCAUCAAACCCCCAAAGUGCUGGACUGGAAGGUUUUUAAUGAACCUGUGGGCAAUUUUCUGUCUGUUUUGUUUGUCCACAUACACAGCCAACCUAGCUGCUGUCAUGGUCGGAGAGAAGAUCUAUGAAGAGCUUUCUGGUAUACAUGACCCAAAGCUCCACCACCCAUCCCAAGGGUUUCGGUUCGGCACGGUGAGGGAAAGCAGCGCAGAAGACUACGUCAGACAGAGCUUCCCAGAGAUGCACGAGUACAUGCGGCGGUACAACGUGCCCGCCACCCCGGAUGGAGUGGCGUACCUGAAGCAUGAUCCAGAGAAACUCGAUGCCUUCAUCAUGGAUAAAGCACUCUUAGAUUAUGAAGUAUCAAUAGAUGCUGACUGCAAGCUUCUAACUGUGGGAAAACCUUUUGCCAUUGAAGGCUAUGGCAUUGGUCUUCCCCCCAACUCUCCGCUCACCUCAAACAUCUCUGAACUGAUAAGCCAAUACAAGUCCCAUGGUUUCAUGGACGUUCUGCACGACAAGUGGUACAAGGUUGUCCCCUGUGGGAAGAGAAGCUUUGCCGUCACAGAGACGCUCCAAAUGGGGAUAAAACAUUUUUCUGGGCUCUUUGUGAUGUUGUGCAUUGGCUUCGGCUUGUCCAUUCUCACUACCAUUGGGGAACACAUCAUGUACAGACUGGUCCUGCCACGAAUGAGGAAGAAAUCCAAGAUGAAGUACUGGCUCCAUACAAGUCAGAGAUUGCAUCGUGCUCUGAACAGUUCAUUUAUUGAGGACAAACGCCAGCCUAAAACCAAACGAGUAGAAAAGAGGUCCCACGCAGGGAACAGCCAGCACGCUGUGUGGAACAUGGCCAGUCUGGGCAACUGCCACCGGAAAAAAUACACCUGCGCCGACGAGGGGCACAACGAGGUGAGCACCCGGCAGCACCAGGACAUCCCCCUGCCACAGGUGAGGAGAGACCCUCCUGCUUCUCUAACGACCAACGGGAAGGCGGAGUCCCUCAGCAUGGCUAGGACCUCAGUGAUGCAAGAGCUGACGGAGCUGGAGAAGCAGAUCGAAAUCAUCAAGAAGGAGCUCCAGCUUGCAAUGGACAGGAAGUCAGAGCUGGAAGAGUUUCAGAGGACAAACAGGACUGUAGAGCCUUAGGCCAGCAUACCUGGGCCCUUUCCCCUUUUCUUCCUUUCUCCCCUUCCUCUGUAAAAUUUGUAAGACACUUUUGUAAUGCCAGAAAGUGGUGCAAAAAUAAAACGGGCAAUAUGCUCUUCCUGAGAGCAGAAUUGCAGCAGCCCACAGCCACUGCCACCCUCCUGAGUCCUCCUUUCAUAAGUUUCUGAUUCUCCUGGCAAACAUCAGCCAUUCCCAAGGGACUGGAGAAACAAGGAGCAUCAGAACAGCAAGAGUUCCUGGUUCCUCCACUUGAUAAUAUAGUGA